AUGGCGCUGUUCUUAUGCGUGUGCGAGAAUGUUCUCACGGAUGGAUUGCGAAGAGUGAAAGUCCUUGGGAUUAUUGAACGUAAAUCUGUGCACGAGCCUAUGCAAACAGGAUUGAAAGUCGUAGAUAGUUUGGUUCCUAUAGACCGUGGUCAACGGGAACUUAUAAUCGAGGACCGACUCAACCUGAUUGAUCCUGUAUAUCACUCCGAUCGAUCCCCUACCAGUACCAGGCUUGCUAUUCUCAAGUGGGUUUGCCCUUGGCUUAGGGGUGGGCGUUUGGUCGGGGUGCCCACCGCCCACCGGUUGUUUAUGGCUUUUCCAUUGAGUGUCUUUGAGUUCGCCGUAAUUGGAUCAGAGAAGAAUCUGAAUUGUCCAUUUCUUUACAAUUCAUGGUGGCCUAGCCUGUCGAAUAAACAAGGUCUCCAUACUUAUAAAUGUUGA